AUGGUCGCCGUGUUCCCGCUCUACCUGCUUGUCGUGCUUCUCCUCGCCAUCCCAUUCCUCUUCUUCAAGUCCAGGCGCUCGGCGCCUCGUCGUGGCACCGGUGAUAGGGCCGGGCCGCUCCCGCCGAGGCCAUGGGCGCUGCCGGUCAUCGGCCACCUUGUCGGCGCCCUCCCACACCGCGCUCUGCGCGACCUGGCGCAACGCCACGGCCCGCCCAUGAUGCUCCGCCUCAGCGAGCUCGACGACGUGGUCGCAUCAUCCCCUGACGUCGCGCACGAAAUCAUGAAGACCCACGACGCCUCCUUCGCGUCCAGGCCUCUGACCUCCAUGCAAAAGAUGGCAUACGACGACGCGUGGCGGCAGCUUCACAAGAUAUGCACCGUCGAGAUCCUCAGCUCCUGCAGCGUCCAGUCCUUCCACCCCGCUCGUGAGGAGGAGCUCGGCCGACUCCUCCGUUCCGUGGUGGCGGCGGCGGCGGCCUCGUCUUCGCCGGUCAACCGGACCGAGCGCAUAUCGACGUUCGUCGUGGACUCCACGGUGCGCGCGGAGGAGGCGCGGCGCGGCGAGCGGGGUGAGCGCGGGGAGGAGGCGCGACGCGGCAAGCGGGGCAAGCGGGCGGAGGACGCGGGGCGAGCGGGGGGAGACGCGGUGAGCGGGGCUGGCAGGGGGAGAAGGGUGCUUGAAGUAAAGGAGGAACAUCCUAAGAAGCAGGUUGGUGUUGUUCCUGACCUCGAAGAUUUUCGAUAUGUAAAGACCGAGGAGAAAACAUCAGUAACUACAAAGAGGGUACCAGCAUCAUCAAAUAAGAACAGUUCACCAGGUGUAAAGGAAGUGAAGUGUGAAUCCAGUGUUUCUUUUGACUACUCCAAGUCUGAAAUGAAUUCUGUUAAGACGAAAAGGCUGAACCGUGUGCUUGAAGUAAAGGAGGAGCAUCCUAAGAAGCGGGUUGGUAUUGUUCCUGACAUCGAAGAUUUUCGAUAUGUAAAGACCGAGGCACAAACAUCAGUAUCUACAAAGAGGGUACCAGCAUCGUCAAAUAAGAGCAGUUCACCAGUCAGGUUGGAGAAAAAGAUCAGAGUUUCAUCUGUUGUGAAAGUGGAAGUUGCAGCUCCAGAAAAUUGGGAAGCAGUUCUUGAAGGUAUUAAAAACAUUAGGUUAUCUGGCGAGGCCCCCGUAGAUACAAAGGGCUGUGAAAAGGCUGGCUCUCUUCUUCCACCCAAGGAAAGAAGGUUUGCAGUUCUUAUAUCAACUAUGAUGUCAAGCCAAACAAAGGAUGAAGUUACGCAUGCUGCUGUGGAGCGUCUCGGUGAGAAUGGUUUACUUGACCCUGAUGCUAUCGUCAGAACAGAUGAGGCCACACUAGCAAAUCUUAUCAAACCUGUUGGAUUCUAUCAGAGAAAGGCCCAAUUCAUAAAAGAAGCUUCGAGAAUUUGCCUUGAACGAUUUGGAGGAGAUAUUCCAGAUACUUUGACUGAUCUGCUUGCUCUGAAAGGAGUUGGCCCUAAAAUGGCCCAUCUGGUGAUGAGCAUCGCAUGGAAGAAUACUCAAGGGAUCUGCGUGGACACUCAUGUGCAUCGCAUUUCCAACCGUCUUGGAUGGGUCUUCCGAGAAGGAACAAAGCAGAAAACUACUACACCAGAGCAGACAAGGAUGUCUCUUGAGAAGUGGUUGCCGAAGGAUGAGUGGGAGCCGAUAAACCCGCUACUGGUUGGAUUUGGUCAGACAAUCUGUACUCCGUUGAGGCCCAAGUGCGGCAGCUGUGGCAUAAACACCAUUUGCCCAUCGGCUUUUAAGGAAGCAUCAAGUCCCAACCCAAAGCAAAAGAAGCGAGGUCUAGGCAGAAGCUAAUUUAGGGGGUGCUUUCUGAACCUUUUAAAGGUGCGUUAGUUACUGAUGUGGUAUGGAAGGUAUACUUUCCUGGGUUCUUUUGGCUGGUCUAUAUUGUUUGGAUAGCCUCCUUUUGCAGCGCCAAUUUGUAUAGAAGUAGGAUAUUCAAGAUAUUGCGAAGCAAUAUAUCGACCUUUGUCAAGUUGCAGUAUGAUGUCCAUCAACUGAAAGAUAGCACGGAAAAUCAUCGGAGUUUUAAUCCCAUGAUGAUGAUCUUGUAUUGCUUCAGUAA